AGCCCUGUGUCACAUGAGAGGUCCGGCUGGAGUCACAGUGGCCUGGGAUACUAUUCUUAGCUGUAGGAAUGUACACAGUGGCCUCAUGGCGAGCUCCACAGCCUUGUCGUUUCUCUGUGUCAUGCUUCUUUUCUCUCUAUGACUACUCUACCCACGUUCUCUCUGGAUAAUGUUUUGGUCCUCUUUUGAUUGGAACUGAUACUUUUUUUCUGACCAGACAGACCAGACAUUUUGGAUAUUAUUUAUUUUCUGAGCAGGAGAAUGGCCUUAAGACCACGAGAAGUUUUCUCUUUCAAAGACUCAGAACUUCCCUCCCACCUUCUUGCCCAGCUCAACAUCCUCCGUCAGGAGCGUAUCCUGACAGAUGUCCUGCUCUGCACCGAGCACCAGGAGAUCCCCUGCCACAGGAACGUCUUGGUGUCCAGCAGCCCAUACUUCCGCGCCAUGUUCUGCAGCAACUUCCUGGAGAGCAGUCAGGCCCGAGUGAAUCUGAAGGGAAUCUCUUCAAAUGUCCUCAGUGGCAUCGUGGACUAUGUCUACACAGGCUGCAUCACUAUCACCAUGGAGAUUGUGCUCCCACUCAUGCAGGCAGCCUCCAUGCUUCACUAUGGAGGACUCUUUGAGGCCUGUUCCAUGUUCCUCCAGGAGCAGCUGAGUCCAGAAAACUGUCUGAGCAUGAUACGACUCUCUGAGAUCCUUCACUGUGAAAGUUUGAGGGAGAGGGCGAAGGAGAUGGCUGUGAGGUGUUUCUCUGAUGUAGCUGCUACAGAAGACUUCUGUGAGUUGUCUCUUCCUGAGCUCAUGUGUUACCUAGAAGACGACCGACUUUGUGCUGAGGAGGAGCAAGUGUUUGAGACCCUCCUGGCGUGGAUCCACCAUGACCCGUUCUCACGACGUGGCGCAAUCCAUGAUCUCUUCAAGAAAGUCCGCCUUCGCUACAUCCAUCCAACUUACCUCUUCCAGUUCAUUGCCAAUGACCCACUGGUGCAGUCCUCCACCCUCUGUACUGAGAUAAUCGAGUCAGUGCGCCGCCUCAUGCUUACAGUCAGCACCAAGUGUAGCCGCGAGCUCAAGCCACUUUGGACCACACCACGACGUUACACCUGCAGAGAAACACUGGUGGUGGUUGGAGGACGCAAAAACAAUGAGCAGACCUCACGAGAAGCCCUACUAUAUGAUGAAAGGACUCAUCGUUGGCAGUGGUUGGCCAAGCUCCCUCUGCGCCUCUACAAAGCUGCAUAUGUGUGUAUUCAUAGCAUCCUCUAUGUGCUUGGUGGGCUCAGCCUCUGCAUGACAUCAGGUGACAGCUCAGUCAGUGCCACAGUUUACACACUGUCCCUGAAGACCAACCAGUGGCGAACUGCUGAGCCAAUGUUGGAGCCACGAUAUGCCCACCAAAGUGUGUCCUAUCUGCACUUUAUUUUUGUGUUAGGAGGCAUUGGGGUAGACAAGAAGAUCUCUCAGUCAGUAGAGAGAUAUAACAGUAUGUUUAAUCAAUGGGAGGCCAUGGCACCAAUGCCCACAGCAGUGCUGCAUCCAGCUGUUGCAGCCAGUGAUCAGAGGAUCUAUGUUUUUGGAGGAGAGGACGCCAUGCAGAAUCCAGUCAGGCUGAUUCAGGUGUAUCACAUCUCUCGCAACUUGUGGUCCAGGCUAGAAACAAGGACGGUGAAAAAUGUUUGUGCUCCUGCUGCUGUCAUUGAAGACAAGAUCUACAUCAUAGGAGGAUACACCAGGCGAAUGAUCGCCUACGACACCAAAGCCAACAAAUUUGUCAAGUGUGAGAACUUGAAGGAGCGACGGAUGCAUCACAGCGCUACAGUGAUCAACAACAAGCUCUAUGUCACCGGUGGACGCAUCCUCAACGGCCACGAUGUCAUCGAGGACUCCGACUGCUUCGAAUGUUACGACCCCAAGACAGACGUUUGGACCUCGAAAGGUUCUUUGCCGUACAAGCUAUUUGACCACGGCUCCCUGCCGCUAGUCUGUGUUUCCAACAGACCCAACCCACCAUGACCCACCAACUACACAAAUGAACCACUUUAACCAUUUUAAACUGACUGCAUUCCUUCAUGCAGCUCAGUCUCUGCCAUAACUUAGCAGCACGUUAGGCCAAGCUGGGUGUCAUCCCUAAGACACCUGGGGUGGAUCUGAACUGAGAACCCACGAGAUGACGAGAGGCAGACAUGCUUACACAACAAGCAGCUGUUCAGACACAUAAUCCAAAAAGCUCUUUCCGUAGAUGGCUGCGCUCGUUUGAUGGUAACUAAGUGUUAAUGCUUUAAUUUCCCAGACAUUUAUACACAGCAUACAACUGCCUGGCAGCUGCAGUUGAAUUCCCUCUAACAAUUAAAUACAUAGGUAAUGGCUGCUUGUUAACUCCAUGAGCUCGGCUUCUCAUGAAAAACUGAAAAUAACAGAUCAGAUAGCUAAUAUAAUUUGCACUUUAUAGUAAAUACAUUCCUCCUUGACCCACAUGCUUCUAUCAGAGUGCACUCGCUGAGAUGUCAAUGAGAAGCACAAUUUCACUUAAACAAAAUGAUCUGGGCCAACUUUAUUCCAGUUUAGCUGGCUGACUUGGAGAACCCCCAACGAAGCAUGUUCUCUAUAAUUGUCUCAUGAAUGUUUUUGCUUGCAACAUCUGUAGUGUACUAGUGUAUGAAACAUGAAAAAUAAUGAAAAGAUGUUUUGAUUAUUUGGAGCACUGUAAACACCAAAAUGUGUCUAUUUCAGUGGUGGUUUACUUUUAAUUUCACCACAGUUGCAGUUGUUGUUGGAUAAAGAAAAUGGCUUCACAGGCAGCUAUGUUGAUGUGAGGACAUGUGACAAUGCUGGCUUUGAGGCAAGGGUAUGGGAUGCUGCAGUGACCUGAUAAGGACAACUAUGACUGGAAAUGGUGUUGGUGUGGGGAAGAUUUUCAGGGUUUGCAGUGGGCACAUGUACACAUGUAACCCGCAGGUGGUUUCUCACUAACAUUUCCACUGAUAUGAAAUCAACCUUUUAUUCAUCUGAGAACAAAAGCUAUAAUGUAUCAGAGGAAAAUGUAAGACAAUGAGACUAUGGAACUACUGUUACUUCUGUCUUGGUCCUUAUAGAGCAUACAUUCAUUGUUGUGCUCCAGCCCCUAACCCUGGUAACAGUUGCCAUGGCAACCACAUUAUCACCCAUUUGGAUCAUGCAUGGCACGCAUCCCUGUAGUGAGUCUAUUUAAGAUUGCAUCACUGAUCAAGUAACAAGUGUGUUGCAGUUACUUGCACAAUUGACUUUCUUUCUUUAAAAUGUUUUCUUUCCUAUUAUACACUAUGCUUUUAUUUUGAAUAUUGAUUUCCCUGUUUGCGACUUGGAUUAUAAAGGAACACAGUAAUUUA